UUUCUUGCUGUUUCUCUCCAUAGCACCAAGAAGGUGCAACAGAAACUUUACAAAAUCCCAAAUCAUCGGCUUUAUCUAUCAUCGUAUAAACUAAAAACCUUCCACAAACAUGGCUAUGGGACCUCUUAGAGCUACUGCCCAAGGCAUUACGUUCGAUGAGUUUGGAAGGCCAUUUGUUAUACUCAAAGAACAGGAGACCGAACGAAGGUUGACAGGUCUCGAAGCUCAAAAGUCGCAUAUUUUAGCUGCCCGAGCUGUAGCUAGYAUUUUACGAACGUCCCUUGGACCAAAAGGCAUGGACAAAAUGAUGGUCAGCCCUGAUGGUGAGGUGACGGUCACUAAUGAUGGUGCUACAAUAUUAGGAAGAAUGGAAGUUGAUCAUGAAGUAGCAAAAUUGCUGGUUGAAUUAUCUAAAGCCCAGGAUGAYGAGAUUGGUGAUGGAACAACAGGAGUUGUUGUUUUGGCAGGUGCUUUACUAGAGCAUGCAGAACAGUUACUGGACUGGGGUCUCCAUCCAAUCCGUAUUGCAGAUGGUUUUGAGCUUGCUGCUAAGAUAGCUAUUGAACACAUGGAUAAAAUAUCUGAUAGCUUUCCAGUGGAUCCCAAAAACAAAGAGCCCUUGAUUGAAACAGCUAUGACAACAUUAGGCUCCAAAAUAGUAAGCAGAUGUCAUCGUCCUCUAGCAGAAAUAGCAGUUGAUGCUGUAUUGUCUGUAGCAGAUCUAGAACGCAAGGAUGUAGACUUUGAACUAAUUAAAGUAGAAGGCAAAGAAGGUGGUAAACUAGAAGAUACUAUUCUAGUGAAAGGUGUUGUAGUUGAUAAAGACAUGAGUCACCCUCAGAUGCCCAAGAGUAUUAAGGAUGCAAGAAUAGCAAUCCUUACUUGUCCAUUUGAACCUCCAAAACCCAAGACCAAACACAAGCUAGACGUUGCCACAGUAGAGGACUACAAGAAACUGCAGCAGUACGAAAAGGAUAAAUUUGUUGAAAUGGUCAAGCAAGUCAAGGAUACAGGUGCUAAUCUAGCUAUCUGUCAGUGGGGAUUUGAUGACGAAGCCAAUCAUCUUUUAUUACAGAAUAAUUUACCUGCUGUUCGAUGGGUUGGAGGACCUGAGAUUGAGCUUAUAGCUAUUGCUACUGGAGGUAGAAUCGUCCCAAGGUUUUCAGAACUGACAGCAGAGAAAUUAGGCAAAGCUGGUUCCGUCCGAGAACUGAACUUUGGAACGACCAGAGACAAGAUGUUGGUUAUCGAAGACUGUCACAACUCAAGGGCUGUUACUAUUUUUAUUAGAGGAGGAAAUAGAAUGAUAAUUGAGGAAGCCAAACGUAGCAUCCAUGAUGCUCUAUGUGUUGUGCGUAAUCUAGUAAGAGACAACAGAAUUGUCUAUGGAGGAGGAGCCACAGAAAUUACCUGUUCUUUGGCGGUAGCUAGCGAGGCAGACAAGAUCUCUACAAUUGAGCAAUAUGCCAUGCGUGCAUUCGCUGAUGCCCUGGACAACAUCCCUCUAGCCUUAGCAGAGAACUCUGGUUUGAACCCUAUACAGACCGUAGCAGAUAUCAAAUCUAAGCAAGUAGCUGAGAAAAACCCAAGACUGGGAGUGGACUGCAUGGAUACUGGCAUUAAUGACAUGAAGAAACAACACGUAAUAGAGACACUGAUUGGAAAGAAACAACAGAUCAGUCUCGCCACACAGCUAGUUAAGAUGAUCCUGAAGAUCGAUGACAUCAGAAUCCAGGGAGGUUCAUCAUAAUGCAGAAUACAAAUCCAGAAUGCAAGAAUCGAUGUGUGAGCCGUAGAGGUUGCGUGUUGUUAGUCGACAGCGUUCAAUUGAGCAGACUUCGUGUUUGUGUGGGUUAGGACGUGACGUGACGUGCGGUGAUUGUGAUUUUGUCAUGUUUGGGUAACGUAAUCAAUCUACUAUGUCGUGUUUGAUUUUUCAAUUUUGGAGAAGAUUUUGUAUGGCGUAACUGUCACGUGCAGCACGGUCACGGCACAGAGUUAACAACAGCUGUCACGGCUUGCGACAUUACUGCUUACCCAAUCAGAAUAUUGAGCCAUGGUAUCAUCACGGUCACGGCAUGUCACGUCUUUAAAGCAAGGCUUUUCACCAAAGUACUGACUCAACUGCUGACUAAAUACUUCCUCUAUUGCAAAUUCUUGAUUUUCAUGUGACGUCACAGUCGCCAUGUUGGAUGUUUUUUUUUAUAUAUAAAACCCGAAUCUUAGUCAUUGCUUUUGUUAUAACAUCCAGCAUGGCUGAUAUGUAUUUUUCCCUUCGUUCUUUAAAGAAUGAAUUCUAUCCAAGAAUAAAUUCGUCAU